UUAUUUAUGUGACCACUGCACCAUCCCUCAUGUCCCACCGUUAAAUGCAACAUCAGCAUGUGUUUGCUUCGGCGAACUCGGACAAACUUUAUCGUCACUCAAGAGGAAGUGGCUAGGUGCUUUCACAUGAAUCACUUGGAUCCCUUCAGGGGGGAAAAAAAGAGAGGCUAAAACAGUAUAAAUAACCCUCCGAGCAUCACAAUCUCAUUGACUGGAAGAUAACAAACAUGUUAUUUUGCCUCCUGCUGUUGUUGCCACUGGCUGCUCACUCCUCUCUGGCAGGAUCGCUGCCUUCUGAGGACCAGGUGAUAGCUGAGAAAUACCUGCGGCGUUUUUAUGGCCUUCCGGCUGGUCUCCAGGGUCGGCGGCGGUCUUCAGGAGACUUUAAGAGCAAGCUCAAGGAAAUGCAGAAAUUCUUCAAUCUUGAGGUGACUGGCAGUCUGGAUGACAACACGAUAGAGUUGAUGACUAAAGCGAGAUGCGGCGUCCCAGACAUUGGCGAAUACAACCACUUCCCUCGACACCUCAAGUGGAAAAACACCCAUGUGACUUUCCGGAUUUUAAAUUAUACUCCGGACCUGAGGAAGUCUGAUGUUGACCGAGCCAUCCGCACCGCGCUCAACGUUUGGUCCGAUGUGACCCCGCUGACCUUCAAGAAGCUGUACCGUGGCAACGCUGACAUCAUGAUCAGCUUUGGAAGGAAAGAACAUGGCGACUACAACCCUUUCGAUGGGCCUAACGGACUGCUGGCUCACGCCUAUCCGCCAGGCGAAGGCAUCGGAGGGGACACUCACUUUGAUGAGGAUGAACACUGGACUAAAGAUUCCUCAGCUUACAACCUUUUCAUAGUGGCGGCACAUGAGCUGGGCCACGCCCUCGGUAUGUCCCACUCCUCCGACCCAGGUGCCCUCAUGUACCCCAUCUAUACAUACGCGACAGGAUACCCCCUUGCUGAGGACGAUAUCGAAGGCAUUCAGGCCCUCUAUGGCCCUAAUCCAGACCACAGGAAAGUGAAACCCAAGCCGGACGCUCCCAAAAAAUGUGACCCCUCGUUGAGUUUUGACGCGGCGACGGAGCUCAGGGGAGAAACCUUCAUCUUCAAAGACAAGUUCUACUGGCGCCUUCAUCCCCAGAUGCACGAGCCCCAGCUGGCGCUGAUCAAGUCCACUUGGCCGUCCAUCCCCAACAAGGUGGACGCGGCGUACGAGAACCCAGCGAAGGAUCAGGUCAUGAUUUUUAGUGGUAUCCGUGUGUGGGCUAUGAAUGGAUACAACGUGGUGAAGGGUUACCCAAAGUACAUCCACACACUCGGACUUCCUAAGACCUUGAGGAACGUGGAUGCGGCUGUUCACAUCAGAGACACAGGGAAGACUCUCCUCUUUCAUGAUGAAGACUAUUGGAGUUAUGACGAAGCAUCAGGCACCAUGGAUAAGGGCUACCCACGGACAAUAGAAUCAGAUUUUCCAGGCAUGGACGACGAAGUUGACGCGGCCGUUUAUCACUACGGAUACUUGUAUUUCUUCCACGACAAUGUUCAGUUUGAAUACAGUUACCCAGCGAGGAAGGUCACACGCACCCUCAGAAUCAACUCCAUUCUCGGCUGCUGAUGCUGCUUAAGCCUUAGUGACCACGGAUACUGCAAUAAGAAACCAGUAAAUAUUCAGCUAAAUACUCAUCUAAACUACAAUUCACAAAAUAUGAAAUAAUCUCCAUAGCCGAAUGGCUAAAAGACCUCCCAAGACAACAUUUCAAAGUGUUGUUAUUGAUUGAUUGAAACUUUUUUAGUAGAUUGCACAGUACAGUACAUAUUCCAUAGAAGUGACCACUAAAUGGUAACACCCGAAUAGGUUUUUCAACUUGUUUAAGUCCACGUUAAUCAAUUCAUGGUAGGGGUUGCUAAAACCUCCAUUUUUUUGUAGCGUGGAUGCCAACCUAUUCUGCAGAAAUGUAAUCGAACACUUGUUCUUAAAUGGGUUUGUUUAUUUGGUAGGUUUCAUUCAAUAGCUCUGGAAAUACUGAUUUAAGAGUGAUCACAAGUAUAACUUUUAAAAUGAAGCCAGGAUUAUGAAAAUACACCUACUUCAAAUUAUUUUGCAAACGUAAUAGGAUAAACUUUUAUUUAUCCCACAAUGGGGAACACGUGCUGAACCAGGGGUUUUUUAACCUUCUGACGUAGGGCCCCGACCUUUACACUACAUUUGGGCCCGAGGCCCACUCAAAAAUUAACACUGAAUUAGUAACAUUACUCUUGAUUUUAAUCGUAUUCAAUAAUUAUAUCUAACCUCCCUACAGUUGACAACAUUGUCAAAUGAUAUGAAACCACGUGUUGAUCACAAAUAUUAUUUUCAAGGCUUAGGCCAGGCUGAUUGGAAAAUAGUACAAAAUAUACUGAAAAAGGGGCUCAUAAACUGCUGAAAAAUACCUAAAAUUAUGUAGUGCUGAAAUAAGUAAACUAAAAUAAUAAUAAAUAUGUUCAAACUAAACUGUUAAGAACAUUUAAGUGCAAAUGAACAUACAGCUUUAUCACUUUCGCCAUAUUUUUUCGCUUAAACUUCUCAAUGACUUUAACUCUGGACUUCUUCUGUUUGUUUGAUGUUGUCAUUACUGCCACAAGUGGUGGGAAAGUGUAUCGCAACUGUGUACCUGCAGAUGAAAAACAUAUAUUUUUUGGCGGUCCUCGAGAUGGCGCUGGCGACCCAACAAUAAACACUGUGCUUAACAGUAUAACGGAAAGAAAGUCCUAUGAAUGUAAUAUAAAAUGAACAGUGCUGGACACAGAAAAUUUCUUCUUAUUUUUGUUAUUUAUUUUCUUGGGUUUUGUUUCCUCGUGUUUCACUGCAAGUUUGCCCAGCUGGCCUGUAAGCUUAGUUUUUAUAGUUUAAGUCAGACCUGGGCAAAUUAAGGCCCGGGGGCCACAUGCGGCCCGUUAAGCAUACCCGAAUAUUUUUUUUAGAUCUUUAAGAUAGAAAGUGGUGCUGCCAUUAUGAUAUGCAGUCAUGUUUUCUAAGUCUUCAACUAUACAAAGUAUUUCAUUAGUUGGAAUAUGUGCUUAUGGAUGCUAUACCAGUUACUAUGGUAAUCUAAUUAGUUACUAUGGUAUUCUAAUUAGUUACUAUGGUAAUCUACUUCACAGCAGCUCAAACGAGGCACCAAGCAGUGUAGGCGGGAAGCGUUUCCACAGACACGGAAGGAGAUUUUCACAACAAAGUACCCUUUGCGUUCAUAUUUCACAGUUUGUUGCAUUUUUGUUGUGUUUCACUUGAUUUUAAAAUGUGUCGAUCAAAAGGGGGUGUGACAUUCAUAUGUUGUCAAUAUUCAGUGUUUUAUCGUUCAUAUAAAAAUGUAAAAUUACAUUACAUUUUUAAGGCGGUUUGUCAUAACGUUUUUAGCAUCAAUCAGACAUUAUUGGGAGGUUUUGUUUUAGUGUUCCUAAAAAUAGAUAUACCGGCCCCCAGACACAUUGUUUUCUCUAAAUGUGGGCCCCAAGGCAAAAUAAUUGCCCAGGCCGGGUUUAAGUAAUAAUUAAUUGUUUUUUAUUUGGCCUCUCAUGUGAUUUUAACACUAUUUGUUGUCAGUGUUAAGUAAAAUGACUUGACAUAUUUUACUUACUGCAGACCCUCUUGAAAACCCUUUCAGGGAAUUCUAAUUGAUCGUAAUUUCUAAUGCAAUAAAAAAAAAUACUUCUAAGCAUUUUUUUUUGUUUACACAUAUUUAAGGUAAAACAUGGGUUAUAGCAGUGGUUCUCGCCUUUUUUUCAGUGAUGUACCCCCUGUGAACAUUUUUUUAAUUCAAGUACCCCCUAAUCAGAGCAAAGCAUUUUUGGUUGAAAAAAAAGAGAUAAAGAAGUAAAAUACAACACUAAGUCAUCAGUUUCUGAUUUAUUAAAUUGUAUAACAGUGCAAAAUAUUGCUCAUUUGUAGUGGUCUUUCUUGAACAAUUUGGGAAAAAAAGGUAUAAAAAUAACAAAAAACUUGUUGAAAAAUAAACAAGUGAUUCAAUCAGUAAUCAAUAUUUAACAUAUAUAUAUAUAAUAUAUACCAUCAAUAUUUAUGGAACAUGUCCACAAAAAAUCUAGCUGUCAACACUGAAUAUUGCAUUGUUGCAUUUCUUUUCACUGUUCAUGAACUUACAUUCAUAUUUUGUUGAAGUAUUAUUCAAUAAAUAUAUUUAUAAAGGAUUUUUGAUUUGAUAUUUUUAGAAUAUACGCGCCCCCCCAUUUGAGAACCACUCAGUUAUAGGACUUUUGAUUAAGUAUAGGUACUGUACAUGCAAACAUUUCCUCUAGAGGGCGCUCUAAUGCAUAUUUUGAUACCAUGAAAAAAAAAGCCAUGAUGAUGCCCAGUUUUGACCCUCUUGUCUGUUGGUAGCCUCUAAUAUGUAACCGGAAAUAUUAGUGUGGAUCCAGUCUGUAUAGAGGCUCUUAUGAAAGACAAGGGAAAAAGCAAUAAAAGGAGCCAACAUCCUUUUGAAAACAGUCCCGCCUCGUGAUCGCUGAUGGAAAACAGAUGGAGACGAUAAAUGAAUCACAAUACUGAAUCAAUUUUCCUCUUGGAAACUCCCUCCUGAGGUCACCACUAUGGAAGCUGACACAUAUGAUGCAAGACUCCCCACACAAUCAAUGUAUGUGAUAUCUUGUUCAUUCCCUUCACUGGAUUUACUUACACACAUGGCCUCAAAGUUGGCGUCGAUGCGUCCCCCCCAGACAAGUUAGACCAAGGUUACACUAGGUUAGGUUUUGCUAUUUUAAGUGAACUGACAUUUGCAGAACCCCUUGAGUAAAAAAAUUGCGAUGACUGAAUGAGCAAAAUUCACGAGAAAAGAUAUACAGUCAGGAAAAGGGAGCGGCAACAGCAUGGGGUGGAUUACAGUAUGUCCUAGUCGAAUGACACAAUGGAAAGUUUUUUUUUUUAAUUGGUUUCCACAAAGUAUUGUAGUGUGUGAAGGAUAAAGGGAGCUAAAUUGUCACAGUUUACGACCAUGUGUGGGACCUUUUGAGUCUAAUGUUGAAAAAAAAACACAUUCAAAAUGACCUGUUUUUGAAUCAAAAUGAUCUUCUAUUGUAUUACGGUGAUAAUAAACUUUUGUGAUUAAAUCAAA